AUGACUCAAAGUUCUAAUCUUGUCUUGACAGACAAGGUCUCUGGGACCUCUUGGAACUUACCUUCUCCAGAAACAGGUGGAAAGACUUCACCUCCAAAACCUACUGGUGUUAUAAUAUUACCAAGAAAUCCAAACACACAAUCUCUUACAGUUUUAGAUAAUAGAACAAAUAAAAUUUAUGAAGUUCCAAUUGAGAACAAUACAAUACCUGCUCUCAAAUUCAAGGAAAUGACAGCAGAUCCAAUACCAAAUUCUCGCGAGGAGGAUGAAAGUAGUAAAGGUUUAAGAAAUGAUUACAUAAAUCUAAAUAUUUUUGUUUGUUUAAAUAGAGUUUACGAUCCAGCAUUUCAAAAUACAGCAGUCGCAAAAUCAAAAAUUACUUAUAUUAAUGGUGAUGCUGGUAUUUUAAGAUAUCGUGGAUACCCAAUUGAACAACUUGCUGAGAAAUCUACAUAUCUUGAA